AUGUCGACUUUACUCAACUUGGCCCCUUCCGGUGUAACCGGCCGAAUUCCCGAUCUGCUUCGCAGCUUGAAGUUGUCCAAGCUUUCGCAGUCAUUUUCUCGCAAUGGGUGGGCCAGGUAUGCCCUGGCACUGAUGCUGGGUUGGGCAGCCAUGAAGAAGACGAGCAGUCUGUUGGGAGCCGCCGUGCUGAACAACUUCACUUGGGAUAACUACGACUGGCGGCGGGAGUUGGUGUUGGUCACCGGCGGUUCCGGUGACUUGGGAGACAUGCUUGUACGCAAGCUUGCGAAAAACUGCAUCAAAGUCAUCAGCCUUGAUGUGGUACCUCCAAGAAGUCCAUUGCCAUCCAACGCGUAUUUCUACCAAGCAGACAUCACCAGCUCAAGGUCCAUCAAGGAAGUUGCGGAGCAGAUUCGGCAAGACCACGGCGACCCGACUGUUCUGGUGAACAACGCCGGUGUCAUGAAAAUCGCUACAAUUCUGGACGAGACAGAAGAGCAAAUCCGCCACGUCUUUGACGUAAAUAUCAUCGCGCAUUUCCUUCUUAUCAAGGAAUUCCUCCCUUCGAUGAUCAAAAAGAACCACGGACACGUCGUCACGAUCGCGAGCAUGGCCAGCUUCGUCACAGGCGUACAGAACGUGGACUACUCGUGCACCAAGGUCGGCGCGUUGGCGCUACAUGAAGGCCUAGUCCAAGAGCUUCGGCACCGAUAUCACGCACGAAGAGUGCGGACGAGGUAA